AUGCCCACAGUACGAGGUCCAAGCUGGUGCGCACUUCAAUCCUCUUGCGCCUGCUAUCGUCGUAUUUUAUCUACAAACAUGGUUUGCCUGAUCUUGGCUCGUGGUGAUUCGCUUCGAGGAGCAAACGUCCUUGGUCCAAAUUCGAACGCGAACCCGACACUCUCACCAAGAGAUUUCGGUUCUAAAGGGAAGAAGGAUCCCUUGUCAGCGACAAACUUCUAUACCGCUACGCAGGCAGCGGCCAAUCUCCAAGUGCCGAUGGUGAGACGAGUCUGGGAGGCGGGCAGCAAAUGUGCCGACCAUUCCAAACCAUCACUUCUAGAUGAAUGUGGAUCUGGAGCAGAUGGCAGGCAGCGUCCUGAUUCCCGGCUUUGCGUUCGAAAAGCAUCUGGUGCCUCCUCUACGCCCUUGCGCUCCAUAGCACUGGCACUAUCACCGACCGUCAUCGCCCAUCGUCGCGAAAUCAUGCUGGAACUCCUGCUCAACGAUAGAGCUCCACUCGGUCUCAUUUCCGUGACCCAAAAAGUACCUUGGCGAGAACUAGGAACGGAUACAGCGGUCGGGACUUUAGCAUCUGAAAUCGCUGAUCUAGAUCAUAAGCCGAAUCUUUGCGACAGCAUUCUCCGCACAAGGACGCAAAAGUAUCCCGACUUCUUGGAAGUUUCGUUGACAUCACCGAGGCCGUUGACGCUUUCAACUCUUAUCUCCGAGGGUGUCAACUGCGGUGAUGAAGAGCGAGCUCGAAGACGGAAUCCCCAGACAGAGAUUACCACUUCAGGAUCUCUUGGGUUCCAAACAUACCAUGUUACCAAAACAUGUGUGAAGAUGCGAAACGACCAAUGCCGAGGCAGAAUGCGCAGAACUCCCCCGGCUUCUUUGUGGGCCCAAGAUUGCUGGAGGCUUUGGUCUCUUCUCUUGGAUAUCGCAGCGAGACAACACUCAAACGACGUCGUCAAUGGGACAGGUGUCUCAACAUUAUGGAUAUCAAUAACAUAUCCGCCACAACCAGUACUCAUAUAUGGGAAGUCCAUGGCGAGAAUUCUCCACUCUGGCCUAAGCGAACUUCCCCCAGUUACCUCCCAAUCAGAAAAUAAGCCUCUACUUAAUGAUGCGUCGGGAAACUCAGUCUGCGAUCCUGCGGUUCGACAAUGCGCAGAAGUUAAAAUUUAUGAUUGGAAAUCCAUUUCAACCCAUAUAUUUCGAGUUUCAACAGCUGUAGCGACAUCUGCGGACAAAGAAUUCGUUAAUUAUGGGAACUUCUCUAGUGAUAAAAAUAUUUUCGGACAUUGUCUUAUGCUGUCUGAUAGUUUUACGGGGACUUGGAACCAACAUUUCUUAAAUAUGUACGAGGAUUUGCCGGAGAGAAAGACUUCCCAAAGGAAGCUGACCAAAAUGGAACAUGGAUAUAAACACUUUUCACAGUUCAUACUCCUCCCACUCCUCACGAUACGCUACCCUGAAUUACUAAAAAAGCCCAUGGAAGAAUACGAUGGAUUAUGUCGUUGGGCUGCGGAAUCCUCGACCUGCAUAAAAAAUCAGUUCAAAAAGUCCAUGGAGACUGAAGCACGCGGCAAGCACACUGAAAGAUCUAGAACAUAUCGACUAAAACUUGCUUCCACCAAAAGAUAUAUAUCAGCAAAGAAUUAUGAAGCCAAACAUAUGAGUGGAGCCGGGCCCGGCCCAUCCAGCUUCUCGAAAAAUACGAGAAUCAUCUUGCAUGUCGGCAGUGCACUUCGCGGGCUUCGUCAACCACCCUCUCUCUUCAAACGAUUCGGCUCUGUGUUGUCCGGGACUCGACAUGCGUUAACUCUCGAAGUUAUGUGGGGAAUCUGGAAUGCGUUUAGCAACAUGGAAUGUCCAUUUCCCACAUUCCAGAAAAAUGGCUCUUCCAAAUUGAGACAAACUCCUGGAGUAAAAAUCGAAAGUUCCCGUGUCAUGGGCUCUCGGAAUCCUGGUUUUAAAAUCUGUUUUCGUACUCUCGUGUGCUCCGGUUUAGAGACUUCGGACGAUGUUGAGAGAUGGAAAGAUCAUCAAAAUCAUGCUUGCGAGAGAGCUUAUGGACCCCUACUGCGGAGGUGGGUGAAUAAUGAACUAAGAUUUACUGAUGAAGAACCUGAGGGCGGAGGACAAGUCUCUAAAUCCAUGGAAAAAGGCGGACCUAGCCAACUCGCCGACUUCCCCUGGAAUACGAACACCUUAAUGGCUCCUAUUUUCGUUCUUACCGCGAGCUCGAACGAUCUUUGCACAGUUUAUCUCUUCCUUGCUUUACUCGUUGGAGGACCCAGAGGCCCCCUUCCUGCUUAUCUUGCAUAUUCGCCACUCUUUAUUCUCAAGAGUCCUGGAAAAUGGACACAAUUGGAGGGAUGGAAUGUUGUAAUUUUGAAUGAUGAUGAUUUUCAUCACAUAUACUUCAUGCUCCCUAUGCCAUAUGCCCAGAACCGCUGUAUGCCAUGUGUGAAAUAUGCUCUUCCCACUCCUCCAAAAUUCCUAGAAUAUAUAUCUCGAACUUGUGCCAAAAUUUCUAGAAUAGGUACCAUAUGCUUUAAUUCAACUCAAACUGACUUGCAGCCAUCUAGAAGACAAUACAAUAUACAAGGCCUUGUGUUUGAACUGGUGGCCAGGGCCCUUAUAUCAAUUCCUAAAUGGUGUCUAUUCAAAACCUAUGCCGCUAAAACUCCUCGUUGUCUUAGAAAUCAUAUUCACAGUGGCGUAAGCUUUGAGAUUACAAAUUUGAUACUCGACUUUCACAUAUGUAAUUACCGUAAAGUCCAGUCUAAAUCGGCGGUGGUCAUUAUCAACAGUUCGCGGAAUAUCAUCAAGGCUAACGCGCAGGCCACAAUCUCGAAUCUUUCACCUUUCAUCAGCGACCUACCGUACCAAGCUAUCUCUUUCACUCACCUCGCCUUACCUCUCCCGCUCAACCAUCUCUACCUCUACUUUUCCAGUCCUGAAUAUUUAAUCACUAACGAAACUUCAAGCCAUAGAGCUGCCAUGUCUCUCAUCUCUUAUCCCGCAAAAUGUGUGUCUCUCCACAAAAAUGUGUGCAAGAGUUCAAGCUGGCUUAAUACGCUCAAGCUGGAUCCCUAG